AACGCACAGCACCAUGGAGCAGAUCCAAGCGCAGAUGGCCGCAUUGAAGAGGCAGCGGGAGGAAGCGAAAGCCCUGGCGCUCGGUGAUGCCCCUGCUUCGAAGAAGAAGUACCUUCGACGUGGAGAGAUUGAAGCUGCCUUGGAUGAGAAGGAGCGUAUCGAAGCUGCCGCUGCCGCCGCGGCAUCCGCAGCCGAACUCGCGGCAAAAGCACUUCACAUUGAGGCCAACAGUACCACAUCGGCGUCCACCGCGUCAAGCAACGAACAAACGAAAUCGAAUGCGUCGUCUUCGAGUUCUGCGGAGGUCAAGGGGUCGGACACCUCCACAACACAGCAGGGAGAUGCGACAGGCCAAUUGAACCUGAGUUUGUCCGACAUUAAGAAGCGCCUGCGGAACUUAGGCCACCCGGUGACGCUAUUCGGGGAGACUGCGCAAGAUCGCGCGAAUCGGCUGGAAUCUCUCAUCCAUGCGACGGAAGGCGGGGAGAUGGAGAUUCAGGCGGACAAGGACGAUAAGGAAGUGGAGACGGAGGAGAACAAGGACGAGCGAAGCGAUGAGAUGCUUGUGUACAGAUACUUCAAAACGAUGCUGAGUCAGUGGGAGCUGGCGCUGGGGCAGCGCCCUGAGACGGUGAAGCGCACGGCGCAGGGCAAGAUCGCCACGCGAACCAUGAAGCAGUGCAAGGACUACAUCCGGCCGCUGUUCCGUCUCUGCAAGCACCACGAAGUCCCCGAGGAUAUUCUGAGGAAUCUGCUGGACAUCGUGCGGUUCUGCGAGGGCGGCGAGUUCGUACAGGCGAACGACGCGUACAUCAAGAUGGCGAUCGGGAACGCCGCGUGGCCCAUUGGGGUGACCAUGGUCGGCAUCCACGAACGUACGGGGCGAGAGAAGAUCAAUUCCAACAAACAGGCACACGUCAUGAACAACGAACUGCAGAGAAAGUACCUCACCAGCGUCAAGCGACUCAUCUCGUACGCGCAGUCCAUCUCCAACGCCCUCCCGUCCAAGAAAGUCCUGUAAAUGCACUAAGUAACUCGUGCGAUCCUUCUCUAUGAGCAAACGAGUGUCGCCAUGAUUCACAUGCAG